UGAAUAUGAGCCUAUGAUGACAAAGUUCAAGGAUUACCAAAAGAAGGCAUCAAUGUAUUAUGUCUAUCACACAAUCCAGCGUUAUAUGGAUGAACCCUUCACAUCAUACAUGCCAGAAGCUUUGUUUAACAUUUCCAGAUUCCUUAUGCAUGAGUUGAUGGUUACUCAACCAAGUGGAAUCUCUAUGUUCUCAACCCUUUAUACUCUUGCUAAACAAGCAAGGAAUCUUGAGGCCUACAAGUUGGCUCGACAUGUCCUUGAUAAGCUACAGGCAUUGCGUAUCCCACUUCGCUUUCAGGAAGACGUUGAAUUGGCUGCCCUUAAGAUUCGUGCCAAGCCUUUCCACGACAAUGAGGAGCACCAGCCUCUCUGUUAUCGCUGUUCAACAACCAAUCCUCUUGUCAAUAAUAAUGGCAACCAGUGUGUCAACUGUUGCCAUCCAUUUGUUUACUCAUUUGUGUCCUUUGAGAUCUUGCCAGUUGUGGAGUUUGUAGUAGAGGAGGAAAUCACAGAUGAAGAAGCAGUCCACUUGAUUCAGCAAUCUGGGAGUGGAAAGGCAGACCGUGUUGGAUCAGCCCAUGAGGGGGAGGAGGAACAGAAUGAAGAGAGCAGGUGGAAAGAGACUGAGUCAGGCGAUGCGCAGGCACUCAUGCUCGAUGGCUCACCUUCACACAUGCAAAACAGUGAUCCCUUCACUUCCAAUCUCUUGGGCUUCUAUCAAGGAGGGUCAGAGUACCAGCCUGUUACACUCAGUCGUCAGGCUCUGGCAGCCAUGGAGCCUCAUGAUGUCAUAAUCUGCCGCUGGCCAAAGCCUCUGAGAUUCCAGUUCUUUAAAAAUAUUAUGCCUGAUGUGCCAAUUACCCAUUGCACACACUGCAAUAAGAUGUUCCACACAGAUGACUACAUACUGCAAGUCCUACAGAAGGGUCACUGCCCCUUCUGCCGCACACCGACAAUGGAGAAUGCCGAUAAUAACAUUGACUAAGGAAGUGGUGGAUGUGUUUGUGUUUUCCUGUACUUUUUUUUUUAGAAUAAUUUUGGUCGGUGUUCAAAUGAGGUAUUUUAGUACAAAAAGAAAUAAUAAGUUUGAUCAAUUUCAUUUGGUUCAUUGUUACAUGUCCAUUAAUUCUUUGUGGUAAUAUUUUCCUAGGGAUAUAUCAACAGUUAUAUUCACAGUGAUUCUUUUAGAAGUUGGUCAUUUCAGGUUUGUAAAAAAUCAGUUACAUGAUAAAGGAAAGUGAUUAUUAUAUAUGAAUUCUUAAUGUGCAGAUUCAGUGACUGAAAUAUGGAUGUACAUUCAUGCCUAUGUAUUUUAUUUAUAUAACAAAGUUAGCUAAUGCAGUCAUUUAUUUUUAGUCUUAUACAAUCUGUCUGUGAUUACAGAAAAUUUAUGAUACAGAUUUGUGAUUCAUAUCAUUGUGAUGUACUAAAAACAAACAAACAAAAACACACACACACACACACACACACACACACACACACACACACACACACACACACACACACACACACACACACACACACACACACACACACACACACACACACUUUUAUAUAUAUAUAUAAUUGGCCGUAAUUGUUUACAGUUAAAUAUCUAUUUCACCCUUAUAUUUAUAGAAUGAAGACGGUGAAAUCUGUUACACAGAUACAGUAUCAAAGUUAAUAGUAUUAAGUUUUAGUGUCAAUUGAUAAAUUAUUGUAAUUGCUUUGUAAGAACCUUUUUUCAUUAGCUAAGAUAUCUAAAUGAACUGUUAAUCUUUAGUUUCCACUGGAUGCUAUGCAGUUAAUAUAUAUAUAUUAUGUUUAUUGCAUACUUAUCCUCAACAUCAUGUAUAACAUAAACAUGUCUGUAUCAUGUUUGAUUUAAUAGGCUAAGGUUUCCAAUGUGAUUGGUUUUAGAAGAAUAUCGGAUGAUAUUCACACAAAAAAACAUUACUUUAUGUAUUACAAUUCUAGUCAGGAAUCUCUGCCACACUGCAGUGUGUUAUUAAUCUAGUCCGUCCAAUAUGUGUGCUACUGAAACACUAUAUUUUACUAAAAGAAAUAUACUUUAAGCACAAAUAAAUAUUCAUGAUAAACCAUUUUAUUUUAUUUUACUUUAUAGUGGCAUGCUGCAUACCUUACCCAUGCUUUCUUAAGAAUUUGAUUUUCAUGUUCUCCUUUGUAGAAUGCUGAUCACAAAACAAAAUAGAAACAUCCUCUUAUUUAGAUAUGGGACUUGAUAUAAAAAUCAUAUUCUUAUAUUUAUUCUUUCAAGUGUAUUUACAAAAAAUUAUUUUCAUAUGUCAACAAAGCAAGACUGGUCAUACAGAUUAACAUAAUAUACAUCUUCAACCUUUGUAAUAGAUUUUUUCAUAACUCAAAUUGUAUAUUAUUUCAUGAUUCUUUUUUAAAAGCUCUAAUAGCUUACACUCAGUUUCUUUUGCCAGUUCAUUCAGAGCUUUUCCCCUACCAGGUUCUGAUAACCUGUCAGCAUUCAUUCCCUCUAAUGUCAUUGAACUUUUGGACACAGUUACGCUGAUGCAUCUGGCUUGAUUAAAAAUUUUCUUUGCUGUCAGAAGGUUGAUAGUCAAAUGGUAAAUACUGUCAAUGGCCAUCUUUUGAUGCAAAAGAUCUUUGACUGGUCUCACUUACAAAUGACAAGUGCUUUCAUGUGACAAUACAUUGCCUGACACACACAUGACACACAGACAGUUUUUGGACACAUCCAUGUUUCUUCCUGUGAUGAUGUUCCUUUUCUGGAAUUGGGUUGACUUGUCAACCUGUAAAGAAUAUGAUAAUUCCUGUAGAGUUGUAAU